CCCGCUUGUUGCCCCCCUAACGCCCCUGUGCCCCCCCCUGCAGCUGAUGGACAUGGGCUUCUCGCGGGAGCACGCCAUGGAGGCUCUGCUCAACACCAACACCAUGGAGCAGGCCACCGAGUACCUGCUCACCCACCCCCCACCCCUCAUGGGGGGAGUGGUGCGGGACCUCAGCAUGUCGGAGGAGGACCAGAUGAUGCGCGCCAUCGCCAUGUCGCUGGGCCAGGACAUCCCCAUGGACCAGCGGGCCGAGUCCCCCGAGGAGGCCGCCUGCCGCAAGGAGGAAGAGGAGCGCCGCGCCCGCGAGCGCCAGGAGGAAGAAGAAGCCAAAUGCUUGGAAAAAUUCGAGGGGGCCGAGCCUCUGGAGCCCUCGGAGCUGCUGGCCUUCACCGACACCAUGCUGCCCGGCUGCUCCCAGCUCCUGGACGAGCUCCCCGACACCGUCUACCGCGUCUGCGACCUCAUCAUGACGGCCGUCAAACGCAACGGGGCCGCCUACCGCGACUCCAUCCUGAAGCAGGUGGUCAAGCAGGUUUGGGAAGCGGCCGACGUUCUCAUCAAGGCGGCGUUGCCGCUCACCACCAGCGACACCAAAACGGUGUCGGAGUGGAUCAGCCAGAUGGCCACGUUGCCCCAGGCCUCCAACCUGGCCACCCGCAUCCUCCUCCUCACCCUGCUCUUCGAGGAGCUGAAGCUGCCGUGUGCCCGCGUGGUGGAAUCGAGCUGCGUCCUCGAUGUCCUCAUCAAGCUGCUGGAAGUGGUGCAGCCCUGCCUGCAGGCUGCCAAGGAGCACAAGGAGGUGCAGACCCCCAAGUGGAUCACCCCCGUGCUGCUGCUCAUUGACUUCUACGAGAAGACAGCCGUGUCCUCCAAGCGGAGGGCACAGAUGAAUAAGUACCUACAAGCGAACGGCAACAACUGGCGCUGGUUCGACGACCGCUCGGGGCGGUGGUGCAGCUACAGCGCCAGCAACAACAGCACCAUCGACGCCGCCUGGCGCGCCGGGGAGACCAGCGUCCGCUUCACCGCCGGCCGCCGCCGCUACACCGUGCAGUUCACCACCAUGGUGCAGGUGAACGAGGAGACGGGGAACCGCCGCCCGGUGAUGCUGACGCUGUUGCGCUCCCCCCGGGCGGGCAAAGGGGGCACAACCGACACCGAGCGAGCCCCCGAGGAGAGCCCGGGGCGGGCAAAGGACGAGCCCGGAGCGGACCCACCCCCAGCAGAAGACGAGGCGACGCCAGAGCCGACCCCAACCCUGACCCCAUCAGAACCCCAACCGGAGACACCGCCGGAGCCCAGCGCCGACCCCAACGCCGAAGCGCCGGUCCGGGGUCUGGCGGAGGAAGCGGUCCCCGCCGUCCUGCGGGCGUGCGUCAGCAUGCUGGGGGUCCCGGUGGACCCCGACACCCUCCACGCCACGCUGCGGCUGUGCCUGCGGCUGACCCGGCACCACAAACACGCGCUGCUCUUCGCCGAGCUGCGCAGCACCCGCACCAUCCUGGGCCUGACCCAGAGCUCCGGCUUCACCGGCUUCACCCCGCUCGUCACCUUGCUCUUCCGGCACAUCAUCGAGGAUCCCGGGACAAAGGGGACCCCAAGACGGCGGUGCCCAGCGAGGUGAGCCAGCUGCUGAGCGACAUCGGCGACGACAUGUACCAGCAGUACCGCAGCCUCACCCGGCAGCCCCCCGACUUCGACCCCCCCGCCGGCUUCGGCAUCAACGCUCAGGUGUUCGGGGCGGACGGGGCGGCUGCAGAGACACCGCCAACGGGGACACCCCAAGGAGAAGGUACCUGCCCCCCCCCCACACACACCUCGUGCCCCCCAAACGUCCUUCAGCCCCCACCCCCCAUCCCAGUGUCCCCACAUGUCCCCAGAGCCCCUCUGUGUCCCCCAGCGCAGUCCCUGGGCCCCCCAGUUCCUCCCUGUCCCAAAUCUCCUGUAUGUGCCCUGUGCGUCCCCCCCAAGUCCCCUCAGUCCCCUUUAACGUCCUCUCAACAUCCUCAAGACCCCAAACAAGCUCCCCAAAUCCCUGACCCCCAGGUGUCCACCCCAUAUCCCCCAGCAAGUCCCUGCCAUGUCCCCGAGCCCCCGACAUCCCCUGAACAUCCCUGCAGUGUCCCCAGCCCCUUGAUGUCCCCUAAGAUCCUCACUGAUGUCCCUAAGCCCCCUCGUGUCCCUACCGUGUCCCCUACCCCCCUAACAUCCCCUAAACGUCCCUACCAUGUCCCUGACCCCUUGAUGUCCCCUAAAUGUCCCUGCAAUGUCCCCAAACCCCCUAACAUGUCCCUUAAUCAUCCCCACAAUGUCCCUGAGCCCCCUGACAUCCUCCAGGCUCUGACUGUUGCGUCCCUAUUUAGGGUGUUGCCAUCAGCCUGUUCUGACUGUUGUGCCCCCCAGGCCCCUGUGUCCCUGUCCCCGUUCACCCCAACCCCACUCGUGCCCCCUAUGCCACCACCCCCCAUAGGGCUGUCCCCACCACCCGUGGGGUGCCACCUCCUCCGGGUGCUUCUACUGGGUGGGGGGGGGGGGGGACCGGAUCCCCCCACCCCAUCACCCCGUGUCGCCCCACAGGACUGCAGCGUGCUGGCCUUCGUGCUGGACCACCUGCUGCCCCACACGCAGAACGCCGAGGACAAGGACACGCCGGCGCUGGCGCGGCUCUUCCUGGCCAGCCUGGCCGCCGCCGGCAGCGGCACGGACGCGCAGGUGGCCCUGGUCAACGAGGUGAAGGCGGCGCUGGGACGGGCCCUGGCCAUGGCCGAGAGCACCGAGAAGCACGCCAGGCUGCAGGCCGUCAUGUGCAUCAUCAGCACCAUCAUGGAGUCGUGCCCUUCCACCUCCAGCUUCUACAGCAGCGCCGCCAAGACCCAACACAACGGCAUGAACAACAUCAUCCGCCUCUUCCUCAAGAAGGGCUUGGUCAACGACCUGGCCAGGGUCCCCCACAGCCUCGACCUCUCCAGCCCCAACAUGGCCAACACGGUCAACGCGGCAUUGAAACCGUUGGAGACGCUGUCGCGCAUCGUCAACCAGCCCAGCGGGCUCUUCGGCACCAAGGGCUCCUCCAGCAAGAGCAAGGGAGAGGGAGGUGGGGGGCCCCGCGAUGCUGGUGCGGCCCCCCCAGACGGAGGUACACCCCCAACCCCACACCCCCCCCCAGCUGUUCCAUCUCGUGUCACCUCCCCGUGCCACUUGGGGUCCGACAUCCCCCCCUCCCCGGGGAACAUCCCGGCCACGCACCCCCUCCUGGUGCGCCACGCGGACCACGGCUCGCUGGCGCUGGGGGGGGGCUCGUCGGGGGCCCGCCUGGCGCAGGGGAUGGGGCGCAGCCAACGCACGCUGCGCCAGCUCACCGCCAACACCGGCCACACCAUCCACGUGCACUACCCCGGCACCCGGCAGCCCAACCCCCCCCUCAUCCUGCAGCGGCUGCUGGGCCCAUCGGCAGCGGCCGACAUCCUGCAGCUGAGCAGCAGCCUGCCGCUGCAGAGCCGGGGCCGGGCCCGCCUGCUGGUGGGCAACGAGGACGUGCACAUCAUCGCCCGCUCCGACGACGAGCUGCUCGACGACUUCUUCCACGAGCAGGGCCCCGCCGGCAGCCAGGCAGGCACGCUGUCCUCCAUCCCCACGGCGCUGACGCGGUGGACGGAGGAGUGCAAAGUGCUGGANGAGCCCCCCGAGGAGGACGCGGAGGCGGCGCAGGCGGAGGCGGCAGACGGUGACAUGGACGGGGAGACCGAGGGUGACACGGUGGUGCUGGCAGGGCAGCCCGAGGGGCUCAGCACCCAGGAGAUGCAGGUGGAGAAUGAACUGGAGGACCUCAUCGACGAGCUCCUGGAGCGGGACGGGGCCUCCGGCAACAGCACCAUCAUUGUGAGCCGCUCAGGUGAGGACGAGUCGCAGGAGGACGUGCUGAUGGACGAGGCGCCCUCCAACCUCAGCCAGGCCUCCACCCUGCAAGCCAACCGGGAAGACUCGAUGAACAUCCUGGACCCCGAGGAUGAGGAGGAGCACACACAGGAGGAAGACAGCAGCGGCAGCAACGAGGACGAAGACGACAGCCAGGACGAGGAGGAGGAGGAGGAAGAGGAAGAUGAGGAUGAUCAGGUUUCCUCGCUGUCCCCGGAGCGCGCGGAGGACUCGGACGCGCUGACGGCGGUGAGCAGCGCCCUGGAGGGGUCCCCCAUGGACACAUCCAGUCUGGGCUCGGGGCCGCCGGAGGAGGGGGGCGAGGGGGGGUCUGCGGCCCCACAGGGCCCGCCCGGAACCCCCCAGGGACCCCCUCCAGCCCCCCCAGGACCCCCCGAUGCCGCCCACCCCGCUGACGACAGCCCCUUUUUCCCCCCCCCAGCCUUCACCAGCCGGCUCAGUGGGAACCGGGGUGUGCAGUACACCCGCCUGGCGGUGCAGCGCGGCGGCACCUUCCACAUGGGGGGCAGCGGCGGACACAGCCGGCCGUCGGGGAGCAGCGUGGACAGCCUGCUGCGCCUGCGGGGCCGCCUGCUGCUGGACCACGAGGCGCUCUCGUGCCUCCUGGUGCUGCUCUUCGUGGACGAGCCCAAGCUGAACACCAGCCGGCUGCACCGCGUGCUGCGCAACCUCUGCUACCACGCUCCCACGCGGGGCUGGGUGGUGCGCAGCCUCCUCUCCAUCCUGCAGCGGAGCAGCGAGAGCGAGCUCUGCCUCGAAGCCCCCCGAGGGGCGGCCCCGCAGACCCCCGACGAGCGCCCGCCGCGCCGUCCCGCGCCCCGCGGCGCCACUGCGACCACCGCGGCCGCGGCGGCCCCUACCCCUAACGAAGCGCCGCGGGCUCUGGAUCUGAUGCACCGCGUGGAAGCGCGCAGCUCCGGGCAGCUCUCGUGGCUCUCGGUGUCCAUGGACGCGGCGUUGGGCUGUCGGACCAACAUCUUCCAGAUCCAGCGGGCUCCCGGCAGGAAGCACACCGAGAAGCACGCCGCCGCCGCCGGUUCCGCCGUCCACAUCCACCCGCAGGCGGCCCCCGUCGUCUGCCGGCACGUGCUCGACACGCUCAUCCAGCUGGCCAAGGUGUUCCCCAGCCACUUCACCCAACAGCGCGCCCGCGACCCCGCACCCGACCCCAGCACCAGCGACCGCGGCAGCGCACCCAAACCGGGGGGAGGGGGCAGCCCCUGCCCCCCCAUCUCGCGCUCCCCCUGCAGCUUCGACACGGCCGAGAGCGUGGUGAUCGUGGCGUCGCAGAAGCGCGCGCUGGGCGGGCGGGAGCUGCAGCUGCCCUCCAUGUCGGUGCUCACCUCCAAGACCUCCACGCAGCGCUUCUUCCUGCGGGUGCUGCAGGUCAUCAUCCAGCUCCGCGACGACACGCGCCGCGCGCACAAGAAGGCCAAGCAAGCCGGGCGCCUGGGUGCCGGGGGCCUCGGGGCGGCUGGCAGCAUCCAGGCGGCCGUCCGGCAGCUGGAGGCCGAGGCCGACGCCAUCAUACAAAUGGUACGUGAGGGCCAGAGGGCCCGGAGGCAGCAGCAGGCGGACACGNCGGAGCCCGGCCCAGCAGACGGCACUCCCCGCCGCGACGAGUCCCCCAUGGACGUGGACCAGCCCUCGCCCGCCCCCCCGGACGCCCCCUCUGUGGGCUCAGAGGGGCCGCAGGGGGGGGAGCGGGAAGAGCGGCCCCCCCCGGAGCUGCCGCUGCUGAGCGAGCAGCUGUGCCUGGACGAGCUGUGGGACAUGCUGGGGGAGUGCCUCAAGGAGCUCGAGGAGUCCCACGACCAGCACGCCGUGCUCGUCCUCCAGCCGGCGGUCGAAGCCUUCUUCCUGGUGCACGCCACCGAGCGGGAGAGCAAACCGCCGGUGCGGGACACACGUGAGAGCCAGCUGGGGGGCUUUGGGGGAGAUCUGGGGGUACUUGGGCUGGAAGGGGGUUUGGGGCAUCUAAAGGGGAUUAGAGGGGAUUUGGGGUCCAGGUUUUGGGGGACAGGAAGGGGUUGCAGGUCUGGGAUGGUUUCAGGGGAUUUGAGAGGCGAGGAAUUGGGAUUUGGGGCAGGAAUGAGGGCUCUGGCUGCCGGGGACCACCCCCAAAACCCCAUAACGCCCCCUCCUCCCCCCCCAGAGACCCACCGCACGGUGCUGAACCAGAUCCUGCGGCAGUCCACCACCCACUUGGCCGACGGCCCCUUCGCCGUCCUCGUCGACUACAUCCGCGUCCUCGACUUCGACGUCAAGCGCAAGUAUUUCCGCCAGGAGCUGGAGCGGUUGGACGAAGGUUUGCGGAAGGAGGACAUGGCCGUGCACGUGCGGCGCGACCACGUCUUCGAGGACUCGUACCGGGAGCUGCACCGCAAAUCCCCCGAGGAGAUGAAGAACCGACUGUACAUCGUCUUCGAGGGCGAGGAGGGGCAGGACGCCGGGGGGCUGCUGCGCGAGUGGUACAUGAUCAUCUCGAGGGAAAUGUUCAACCCCAUGUACGCGCUGUUCCGCACCUCGCCGGGCGACCGCGUCACCUACACCAUCAACCCCUCGUCCCACUGCAACCCCAACCACCUCAGCUACUUCAAGUUUGUGGGGCGCAUCGUGGCCAAAGCCGUCUACGACAACCGGCUGCUCGAGUGCUACUUCACCCGCUCCUUCUACAAACACAUCCUGGGCAAGUCUGUCCGGUACACGGACAUGGAGAGCGAGGACUACCACUUCUACCAGGGCCUGGUCUACCUGCUGGAGAACGACGUCUCCACGCUGGGCUACGACCUCACCUUCAGCACCGAGGUGCAGGAGUUCGGGGUGUGUGAGGUGCGGGACCUCAAACCCAACGGAGCCAACGUGCUGGUGACGGAGGAGAACAAGAAGGAGUACGUGCACCUCGUCUGCCAGAUGCGCAUGACCGGGGCCAUCCGCAAGCAGCUGGCCGCCUUCUUGGAGGGUUUCUACGAGAUCAUCCCGAAGCGCCUCAUCUCCAUCUUCACGGAGCAGGAGCUGGAGCUGCUCAUCUCGGGGCUGCCCACCAUCGACAUCGACGACCUCAAGGCCAACACCGAGUACCACAAGUACCAGGGCAACUCCAUCCAGAUCCAGUGGUUCUGGCGGGCGCUGCGCUCCUUCGACCAGGCGGACCGGGCCAAGUUCCUGCAGUUUGUGACGGGGACGUCCAAGGUCCCGCUGCAGGGCUUCGCCGCCCUCGAGGGCAUGAACGGAAUCCAGAAGUUCCAGAUCCACCGCGACGACCGCUCCACCGAUCGCCUGCCCUCAGCACACACCUG